UCACGUCCCAAAAACAAAUAAAAAUUAGAAGGAAAAAGCUUCCUUAAAACUUUUCCAGUCCCGUCCUUCCCGGCGCCGGCGACGACCGCCACAACCACCUCCCGGAGAGGUGGAGAGCUGACGUGCCUGUCCGUCUCAGGCGGAGGAGAUGGCGAGGCACGAGGCCGCGGGGGCGGCCACGGGGGUGGACUUCCACCUGCCUGACGAGAUCCUGGCCGUGAUCCCGACCGACCCGUACGAGCAGCUGGACAUCGCGCGCAAGAUCACCUCCAUGGCCAUCUCCUCCCGCGUCUCCCGCCUCGAGGCCGACGUCGCGCGCCUCCGCCGGGACCUCGCCGACCGCGAGCGCUCCGAGGCAGACCUCCGCGCCCGCCUCGCCGACUCCGACGCCCGACUCCUCGCCGCCCUCGACGACAACGCGAAGCUGGUGAAGGAGAGGGACACCCUCGCCGUCACGGCCAAGAAGCUGUCCAGGAACUUGGCAAAGCUGGAGGCAUUUAAGAAGCAGCUGAUGAAAUCACUUAGUGAAGAUAAUUUAUUGCAAUUUUCAGAAACAGGUGAAGAUCGUGAUGCAGAUGUAGGAAAUAAUUGGACUGCUAGAAUUCCUCCUGGGAAAGAAUUGGCAGAUGAAGUUUCAAGCAGCCGCGCCUCUUCAAAUACUUCCAGCAGAUCCACAAUCACCGAAUCAUCCCAAGGAUACCAGUUCUCAAUCACACCAUAUGUAGCCCCAAAUAUAACUCCUGGUUCAACACCAAUUGUUUCAUUCUCGGGUGGUUCUCCACUUGCAUAUUCAACUGGCCCUUCCACUCCGAAGUUUUAUUCUGGUCCAACAUCACCUACUAAAUCCCGGACCGAAGGCCAAUCAGCAUUUUCAUCAUGGAAUGGAUCCAGUCACCAGUAUUCAGCACCUGUCUCUCCUCCUGAACGCCGCUCAUUCACAGGGCGACCUCGUAUAGAUGGAAAGGAAUUCUUCCGACAAGCACGGACUCGACUUUCUUAUGAGCAAUUUGGAGCAUUCUUGGCAAACAUCAAGGAAUUCAAUGCGCAGAAACAGUCGCGAGAGGACACACUGUCAAAAGCAGAGGAGAUUUUUGGAACAGAGCACAAAGACUUAUACAGUUCUUUUCAGAGUAUGCUUAAUCGCAACCAAUCUUGAACCUAUCACAGGCUGCUAUUUUUUCUUCUCUUAAACAAGCAGCUUUUAUUUUCGUUGGUGUGUCUCUUCCGACUAAAUGAUUGUACCGUUCUGGUAGGCUAAUUGUGCCUGAACAUUGUUCUCUCAUUGAUCACAAGAUCAUAUUGUCGGAAAUCUGUGCAUAGGCCACCCUAGUUCGAGCGCUUUCAUCCUCAAUAGCAUGAUGUAAAUGGAUGUUUCAGUUUUUUUGGUCUGUGUAAUUGGAUUAUAAAUUUGCCUUCCAUUGUAGGACUCCCAGUCUUCGUGAUUGUACACUCGAUUGCAGAUAACUUGAGGCGGGUGUAUUUCAUUGUGCAAAAAUGCCAUAUAUUCUUCUGUU